AUGAUGUCACUGAUAGAUCUGGACGAUGAUCAGCGAUGGGUGCCCACUCACGUGAACAUCACCGUCCUGCGCGCGAGGGGGCUGCGAACCAAGGGCAAGCACGGCAGCCGCUACCUCUACACCAUCAUCCAGGUGGCGAAGGAGAAGUUCACCACCGGGCUGGUGGAGAAGGCGGCGGUGCCCGAGUGGAACGAGGAGUGCUGCUUCGAGCUGCUCCCCGGGAUCCUGGAGGACGGCGGCCGGGGCGCCUACCCCCCUGGGAGCGGGGACCUGGUCCUCACCGUCAUGCACCGGGUGCUGAUCGGACUUGACGUGUUCCUCGGGCAAACCAUCAUCCCUCUGGACAGGAUAUUUCAGGAGGCCACGUGUCCUCGAGAUGAAUGGUUCAAGAUGAACUCUAAGGCGGGCAGAAAGGAGAAGGAGCGUGGGGAACUGCAGGUUACAGUCCAGUUCACUCGCAACAACAUGACGGCCAGCAUGUUCGACCUCACCAUAAAGGACAAACCCCGCUCUGCUUUUGGCAAGCUCAAGGAUCGCGUCACGGGGAGGAAGAGGGGGGACAUGGAGUCCUCCUCGGCCAUUGUGCCAGGCCGCUUCGCCGCCCUGUCAGGAUCGCAGCCGUUCGGAGAGAUGGCGGGCGGAGGCUCGGGGGAGCCACGGGACGUGGAGAUGGCAGAGGAGAAGAGGAGCAAGGUGAAAGAUUUCUUCAAAGGGAGGCUGCGCAAGUCGUCUGACACCGGGUCAUGCUCGUCCCUGGCUUCAGAGAGCAGCGUGUCCUCCAUGGCCAGUGAUAUCCCCGGCCCUCCGCCCAGCCUGGAUCUGAUGUCAGACCCUCCCAGCUCUCCCGUCUACACAAGCAAAGUGAGGGUGGACACCCAUUACGGAGAGACAGAUUUAGCUAAAAAAGUGCUCACCAGCCAGCACUCCUCAAAGGUCCUCACACACAAGCGAGCCUUCAGCGAUGGAGCCAGUAAGAUCACGACUGCCUUCCCUCGACCAAAUCUUGCCGUGGAGUCUCUGAAAGGUCAGACCAUGACUCAGUCCAAGUCUUCCUUGUGUAUCAAUGGCAGCCACGUCUACGACUCCGAGCCGUCGACUCCAAAGAGCUCAGGAGCCCACCAGUCCAAGCUGGUCCUGCUGGAGAAGUGCUCCCCGCUCUCGAGAUCCCUGCAGAACCUCACCAAGGACAGAGGUUCCUCCGCCGAGGGCCGACGCUGGUCCUUUGACAAGAUGAAGAAGGAGGAAAAGGAGGAAGAAAAGGAAGCUCAGCCAUCGUCUCCUCCAAUUCAGCGAGGGGGUCGCCCUGUGCAGGCGGAGAUGCCGGUCGUCUCAUCUGCUGCUGUUUCGCCCGACAAAGGGAGGAAGCUAAGAAAGACGUUAUUCUCUGGAGGGAGGAGUGAUUCUCUGCCAGCUAAGUCAGACCAGAACCAGGCUGGUUUGAUGUCUGAGGGGAGGCUCAGGGGCUGGUUUGGCUCCAGUGAAUCCCAGAACAAGCCGAGGCUGGAGGUUUCUCCUAAGGUAGAAAGCAGCUCAGACGCACCCCCUCCCCUCCCUCCUCGCUCCCCCGUACCCUCUCAGUGCUCCCCUCCUCCCACCUCCCCCUCGCCCUCCGGUCAUGUUUCACCUGACGACUGUCACACCAAUCCCUUCACCUCCUCUUCCUCUCCCGCCUCGAUCCCAAUCUCCCCCUCCAACCCUUUCCCCUCACAUAUGCAGCGCAACCCCUUUUUUGAGGACCUCAUAGCAGAAGAGUCACAGAGGUCCCCUCCUUUCGGCUCAUCCCCCUUUCAUUACACCACUCUGCCUUCCCAGCCCUGCACAUCCAGCCCCGCUCAUGAUGGUAAAGCUACAAAUACGGCUUACAUAAAGCGGGAGCGCCCCAGGCCAGUAGCUAGGCAGAUAUCUCUCCCUGCAUUAUUACCCAAAGCAGCCCCACCCAACCCCUUCGCCCCUCGCUCCAUGUCAGAGAGUGCGGGGGAAUCGGACGACUCGUUUGAUGCCUUCGCCUCCAGCAGGCUAAACUCACCUAAAGGGAGUCUUCCUCAGAAACCGCUGAGAACCAGUCCGACGUCAUCUAAUAUACAUAGGUAUCUUCCAGUUAAUAACAGCGGCAAUAAUCAUGCACAAGAUCUGCAAACAUGCGACGAGGAGCCUCCACCGUUGCCUCCGCGGAAACCUUUACGAACUUCCGCGAACGAGAUUUACUCCGAUGGCUGGCUGCACAGAGGUCAAGAGCUGGCGGUCCAUAAAGAAGCCUACCUGCUCUCACAGACCGGCGUGGCCUCGCUGCAACGGGGAAGAGAGGGAGAUAGCAAAAGAAACAGUGUAUCUCCAGACCCUCACAUCACCGGCAGCGAUACCACCGACUCCCUCAGCAUUCCCUCUAAGCCAUACGCAAAUGUUACUUCGGCAGGAUUCAUGUCCGAAGAAAAGCUCAAAAAGUUCAAAUAUGAACCUUUGGAGGAUGAAACCGACCGCUGGAGAGGGAUGCUGUUUGAGCAAGACUUGUAUGGACGCACGUGCAGAGGAAACUACGGACAACCCAAAGUAAAUCGCUUAUCGUUGAGCGCUGAAGAGACUGCAGGAAAUAAGAUCACAUCUGUGACCGUAGGACCUCAAAUACUUCUUAAUAGUGACACGUUUGUAGCAGAUAUUGUAACCGUGCCAUCUACUACACCCUCAGCGGCAGAUGCAAAAGCACUUGACAUUGCAACCGCCCCAGUAGAGAAGAUGGAGUUGUGUCCACCUGAAACCACAUGCAUCAACAACAACGCGUCUUUCUCAUCCGCCUCGGGAGAUCUGAACAGGAAUGUGAAUAACUCUGAUUUUAGUUUCAUUGAUUCCGAUGGCUCCUCUCAGUCAGACGUGGUCGACGCUCUCAAAGGCAUCAUGAGUUUGGGAGGGACUUUUCCUCAACCGGCAGACGCUUCCCAGAUAGCUGCUUACCAUGUAGAGACAGCGACCGCACCUGGGGAUGUGUUCCCUUUGAAGGACACUUACAUACCUGAGAUGAACUCCUCCUUUGAAAUAAUCGCUCCAUCUAACAAACUCUACAACGUCUCUCCGGUCCUUAAAGACAAUUGUGAUCUGAAUAACGUGGCACCGCACGGCAACUCCGGGUUCAACAGCAGAGGGAUCGAACACCAAACAUCGGAUGCGGCCCAUUUUGAAACUGAAGUCAGGGAGGUUUUGUCGAGAAGUGUAGGGGAUUUUAAAAAGACGCGAAAGGACUCUGAUGGUAAUGGGAACCCUCAAGCUGAAGUCGGCGCACAAAACCAAAAGGAGACAUUUCCCGGUGUGGUGAGCGCACGUUUUAGACCAAAAGGAGUGUUCCGGCAGAACAGCAGCGGCAGCCCAAGCAACCAGAGCAAAGGCGGAGACGGAGAGUUGGAACAGUUCUUGUCCCUCGUUCAAAACAUGUCAGAAGUCAGAGAAGGACCGCUGUCGUACCAGCCCUCUAAAUCCUCUCUUUCUUCCUUACUGGCACAAGCAGAUAGCAGCACACGUCACGGCGAUCCCAAUGGGUCGUCGCAAAUAUCUUUACAAAACAACGCAACAGCAACGGGGAAACACUCCGAUAUCCUUUUUGAAGACCUUCACGCUCAGGUAGCACCAAACUCCAGAAAGGUGUCAAAGUCAAAGAUUGGGCCAUCUUUGCAGGAACCCUCCUCUUCCUCCCUCCUGCACACACUCUCCCCGUCGGCUGCCGCGAAGGCCGCGCUCCACCCCACCCCUGUCUGUUGCCCCUCCAUACACCCCUCAAGCGUGGGGCCCAGCACAUCUCUGGCUGCGGCCCCCGACGCCUCCUCUUUCUCCUCCUGCUCCUCCUACUGCACCAUCUCCACCACUGACCAGCCCCCGGUCGAUGCACGGCACUCACUUUUGCCUGAGGAGACUCAGCCAGCUAGCAGCCUGCCCCAUCAGGAGAGCAGACCUCAUCCAGUGAAGCCGUUGACCUCCAGUCAAUCGGAGAAGAAGGAGGGUCGUUCGGUUCUGGAGAAGCUGAAGUCCACCAUCAACCCCGGACGCAGCGCCCACCAGGCUUCAGCAGAACCUGAGAGGAGCCAGGAGGUGCCCGUGGACCACUCGGCCCAGUACCUGCACCUGACCAACAUGGAGCUGAUCUCGCUGCUGCUGCAGCAGGAGAUGGACAUGCAGAAGCAGGAGGCGGCCUCCGAGCGGCAGGGGGCGCAGCUGCACAAAUGUGAGGCGGAUCUGAGAAAGGUCAAGUUACAGGUCCGAGACCUGGAGGACUACAUAGAUAAUCUAUUACUGCGGAUCAUCGAGCAGACGCCAACGCUGCUUCAAGUUCGCACGCGACACAAGUGA